UUUCAAUAAAAAAAAAAUAUAUGAAAAUAGAUUUUUAUUAAACAAAAAAAAGAUUGUGUACCUAUAAUCUUUAUGUGUGAAAAAUAGAAUUAUAGAUAAUAAAGUGACACACAGUGACGUGUUAAGUGAGAGAUAAGUCGAAUAUAAGAAACAAACACAACUCGUUUGUGUAUUGAAAAAAAAAGAGUGAAUAUUACUUUUUGUGUAUCGUCUUAUCUAUUGAAACUUAUGGGGCUUUAGCCUUAUCAGAAGGUUCUCUUAAGGUCACUUGUUAUGAAAUUGUACAAUUAACUGACCAAAUAGUGUGAAAAGUGUGAAUAAAAAUCAGCUUUAAAAAAGCAAUACAAAAAAAGGAUAAACAUUCAAACAAAAUUGUUGAAAAAAAAGGCCAGUGUAUUUCGCCUGAAAGAGGAAUAUAAGAAAAAAAAAAAAAUUAACCUAAAAAUAAAAUUCAUUGCACGUAUAAUAUAUUCAUGUGCACAGAAACAACCAAAAAACUUGAAGUGAAUUAAAAAUAUACAUUCAGUGAGUAUAUCGAAAGAGUUGCUAUAGGAGCAUAAUACAAACGUACGAUUUACGUGGCAACGCAUUCGGGUCCAAAAAGCCAACGAACGGAUGCCGAUAUAAAUUUCUUCGAUCAUCAUCAGAGAGAGAUUUUGCGUCUUCGUUGUUUUGUUGUUUUUGGUGUAACUCGUAACUCAUCGUGUUGCACUACUUCAAUUGCAUGACUAUCGAGAAUCGAUCUUUGAUCGGCCUGCUCUCUAAACUUCCUGGAUACAAAAAUACAUCAUGAACUAAAAAGAAAUUCAAUCAGAGAAGAAUAAGAAGAAUAAAAAAAAACCUUCAAUUAAGUUUGAAGGAAAAAAGCGCGCGUCGCAUUGCGUUGGUCUUUGCCACUAAUACAGUGCAACAUUGAGUAUUUUAAUACUUGAACGUGCAUCAAUAUUAUCAACUAAAGUGUGUCCUCAUAAUCAAGUGUCUAUGUAUGUUAAAUUUGUGUAAUAAAACCUCAAAAAAAAAAAAAAAAAAAAACAUAAAAAAAUCAAUCCAAUAAAAUUUGUGUGUAUAUUUCUUCAAUUCUCCGAGGCAAGAUACAACAAAAAAACAUAGACUUAUGUUUCUAUUUAUAAUCUAAUGUUGUUAAUAUUACUCGUCUUCCUAAUGAAAUUCGUGGAUAUUUCGAUAUUAAAUCGGGCCCGUUCAAAGGGCCCGAAUGUUGCUGCAACAUCUACUAGCAACAACAAUAAUAGUAACAGUAGCAGUGGCAAUAGUAGUGCCAGUAGCAGUAAUUCAUCAUCAAAAGAAAAUUUUAGUUUUGAAAAUAAUACAUCGAAUCAACAUGGCGGUGUGUGUCCAAUUACACCGCAACAAUUGCAACAACUACGUCAUUAUCAACAAUUGCAACAGCAACAAUUGUUGCUAUUGCAACGUGAAUUGUUGCGUAGACAAAAAACAAGGCAACAACAACAUCAGCAACAUGGUAUUUUAAAAUAUCAAAAUCAAUGUAAUAACAACAACAAUAAUGUGCAACAGAAUAAUGCAACAUUGCCACAUCAGGUAGAAGCGAGGAGCUAUUCAAAUGGUGGAACAAGUAAAGGACCGAAACCCCGACGUGGCAUGACAGAAUUCUCAACAGCAAACGAAAACCAAAAAUCACAUUUGCCUCAGCUUAAUCAUAACUCAUCCCAUCAUCAUAAUAAUCACAAUAAUCAUUUGCAAAAUCACCAUCAUCAAACGAAACCAUUAACCCUUUCGACAACACCACAUUCCCCAAAUCAUCAACCUUAUCAUCACCAGCAACAACAACAACAACAACAAACACAACAACAACAACAACAACAUAACAAUCAUUAUAAACGCCCAUUAACUAGUCCUAACAAUUCACCAUUUAACAAUUAUUAUGGUCAUGGCUUUCCUCCACACCCGCAUCAUAAUCCUGCAUCACAUCACAACACUUUGCAUCAUCCCUUCGGUCUCUCUUCAGCAAAUCCCUACCUCAAUGAUUUGCUCAUCAACGAUGACGAACUAACCGACGAAUGUCUAAAGAAAAACGUCCAAAUCGUCCUUAACAAUUUGGACCGCUACAAUAACGCUCUGCGUAGCAUCAUCCUGAAUGAGCAAGUUAACGGUGGUGGCAUUAGCAACCAUAGCAGCUUUAACAACAAUUUGAGCAGCAUCAGCAACAUGGCUGGCAACAUGGUUACCACCCCGGAAUCCGAUUACAAUAGCAAUGCAACAACUCCGCAUCACCACUUUAACCAUUUGGUAGGUUUAACUAGUGGCGUUGUUGGUGGUAGCGUUGGCGGUGGUAUCAUUGGGGCUGGCGUUAAUGGUGGUGGUGGUGUAACAAAUCAUGGUGGUGGUCCCUUAAAUUGUUCCAUAGCUUCGUCGCACGAUUUCACUCAUGAUAAUUCCGAUUACCAGUGGUUCUUGGAUUACGGCUAUCGAGAUGGGGUAACGCAUCAGAGUGUCCUCUCCUCGCUGUCCGCCUCCUACAAUGGCAUCGGUGAAUUGUCAUAUUACGAUGAUCUGGCAAAAAACAUCGACGCAAAUCUAGCCGAAGUGGAUAUGGAGAGUUUCCGGGCGGAAGACAUUCAUUCGCUACUGUCACACAUUCCGUCGUAUCAGCACCAUAAUAAGGACGACGAUAAGAUUGAGAAUUCUAUCUGCAAGUCAGAAUUGUUGUUCUCGCCAGUGAAGGAAUCACACAUCAGUAUUGACUCCCUCGAUCUGGAUGCAUAUCCGGACGAUGGGGAUAUUAUACUGACUUGUAAGGCGAACAAGGACAACUAUACGAUUGCCUUUGAGGGCAGUGCCCUGUAUUCGGAUGAAAGUUUCUAUGCAGAACCAAACGAGAUCCAGAUGAAGAACAAACAGAACUUUAUCAAUUUGCAUAGUAACUUGGAUGACAUCCUUAAAAGAAAAUCCCUAGAAGUCUCCAUGUCGCGGUCGGAUCAUGCAUUUACGACAUGGAGCAAACUCAAGAAAAGCAGCACAUCCCAACUGCAGAGGUAUCCAUCUGGCAACAACAAUACAUCUGUGAAUAUUGUUAUGCGCCAUGCACCUCACUGCACCGUACGCAAGAGUCUAAGCUUGCCCAAUUUGCGACUGAAAAAAGGAGCCAGCCAGCAACAGCUUAAUGUGUCACAAGCGCUCAGCACUUCCACCGUUGAAUCGUGUAAAUCUAGAAAUCUUCUUCCAAUGUGCCAGAUGCCAAUAUCCCAGACGUCAAUGGGCAGUCCCAUACAUUUUUCGUCAAAUCACAGUCAUCAUCAUCACCAUCAUCACCAUCAUCAUAACGAUUCGUCGUCCCACAUCGAUUCGACAACAUCUGGCGGCAUGAAUUCUAGCUCAGCAACAAAUAACAUUCAAACGCUAAAACAAACGAAUGCCAAUCAGCCGGCCUUCAAUCUAGUCAAGCUCUUUAUCAAACAAAAGAGUAGCUGUUCUAGCGAAACUACUUGCAUGGAUGUCUCAUCGGGAUGUUGGCCAUCGAGUGAGGGUAGUUCAUCGCUAGAACAACGUAUUCGCAAGAAAAGCAUGAAUGAUUCGGGCAAAGGCUCCGCCUUGAGUCGUCAUGACGAAGAAGAGGAUCCAGCUGAUUCAAGCUACCAACUAGACAGUCUUGAUAUUAUAUGUGAUAAGGAGAGAAAUGAGACGACUGCAGCAGCAACAACAACAACGCCCGUCAGAAAAGUUAAACAUGAUCUGUAUAGAGAGGUCUUUGAAACAGGGGCGGCGGCUGGUGCUGCUGCUGCUGCUGCUGCAACUGCUUCGCCGGAGCACAAAAAGCUCCAACCGCUCAAAAAUCCUCAAGUCAUUAAUUUGACCAAUAACCAGCACAAUAAUCAAUUGAAUAAUAACAACAAUAAUUCCGUUUCGGAAGGUAGUCGCACAUCGGAGAAUCUGACCCAGGUGUAUAAUGAUCAGCGAAGUCAGAGGAUGAAGAUAUCUGCUGAGAUGAUAACCAGAUCCAUGCAGACUUCUGCACGAGAUAGGCUCAAAUUUGUGCCACCAUCAUUCUUGGCCAAGUUGAAUAACUUGGGUGAGGAAAAGCAAGCUCCGAUUUAUGUAAUCUAUCCAAAUUAUGCUUUGCCGGAUUUGGGCUUUGUCAAGACAAACACAGCUGAGGUGAUUUUCACUCCGUUCAACUACAAGAAUGCUGUGGGUGUAAAGAAGCGAACCAGCACUGGUUCGAUGAGUGAGGAUGAGCUACUGAAAAACGUCGACCUAAAACAUGUUGUUGACUGGAAAUCGCUGGCUACUCUUCUUCCGACCGAGUAUCGGAAACGCUUGAAACACAUUCCAGAGGUCGAUGUAGCUGAUCUCGAAGCGGAGUGCUCGAUGAAACCGCUAUUCUGUAUGUCACCGCCCAUAAGGCGGACCAACAAUCGGGCAAAUGUCUGUGAUUGUGCUCAGUAUUUCCAAACGACGACGAUGGCUGAGGAACCAGCUGCAGAAGGAGCUGCCACUAGAGCUGCUGCCUGCGAGUCCAGCUCUGGAUCUAGUCAUCCCCCGAGCUCUGGCUAUCGCGGAUCGUCGACUCUUUUGUCCGAUUCAGUUUUUGAUAAUCCACGAAAAGCAGAAGAUUCCGAUCCUCUCAAAAAUAUGUACGUGUAUCAAUAUGAAAACCAGCGAAUGGAAGAAGAGAGGUGUUCGACCCGUCAUAAUCGCGGUAAUUCAUGCAAGAACUCCAAUAGACUGACAUCUGGAUUACGCAACAAACGGACAAGUUUGAUUGAAGAACAGUCCAAUUCAAACGUUCGCAAUAAUAUUGAGAAGCGACGUAGUUUGCAAGAACCUGCUGCAUAUUUCUCAUCCAACGAUGAUCUACAGAACCCUCUGGCCGGCAAGCACCUAGCUGAAAUCGACGAGUACUAUGAUGAGUUGCAUUCAAAUUUGAAACUCACCCAAGGAAGCCAUCGGCUGUCGCGCAAAGACAUGGACGCUAGAACGAGGGCAGAGAACUUCCUCGCCAGCGUACCCAAGUCAGAACUAAAGUAUUAUGCGGAAAUUGCCAACUUUUUGGAAUCCGUCGAAGAGAAUCACCAUCCUGCUGAGCAUUACGAUGCUGCUGAACUGAAGAAAGAAGUCAGUCGGGCUUUGAGUCAAAAGAAAGUCUCCUUUAACCAAAAGACCGAAUGCAAUACCCUUGGACUUAAUGCUCAACGAUUCACAACACCACCCAACUCACCGAACAUCUCGAUUGCAUUGAGGUUGAACAAUGCCGGAGGCAUGCCUCCGCAUCGGAAUAGUAGAAAAGAACAAGAACCGAAUAAGAUCUCGACAAAUCGUUUUAGACGCUUACAGAUCCAAUGGGAACUGUUGAGCAAAGAUUCGAGCAUGAUGUUGAAGGAUCUGGCCUAUGAACAAGAAACCAAGAGUGGAGGUUCAACACCAACAUCGGCGAAUGCGGCGCACAAGUCGAGGAUACCACGACCGGUCAGCUAUCCGGCGGGGAAGAAUACAAUCGCAAAUGCUAGUCCUCAUACUCCUUUAUCUAACCUCAAAAAUAGAGUGAUACAAGAAACAAAGAGUUUGCGUUCGCCAAGUCGAAUAGUACCGCCUAAAAGGUAUAGCCUACCAGCAGCAGCAGCGACAGCACCUCCAGCAGCAGCAGCUCAUCAUCCACAUGGUGCAGCGGCAACAGCAUCAGCAGGAACUACAACAACAACAACGGCUAAUGCAACAGCAACACCACCAGUACCCGCUCCACGGACUCGAACUCCGUGUAGUAAUCGAACAGGCGGCAAUGCCAGCAAUAGUGGCAAUCACAGCAACGCAACCACACCCAAACGUCGAGUGCAGUCACCAAGAACAGUAUCACGCACUCGAUAAAAUUUAAAAUCCCACACCAAAACAACUGAUAGUAAAAAUUAAACAAAAAAAAAAAUGGAUGUCAGGUGGCAAACAUCCAAAAAUAUAUACAUAAAAAACAACAUCAUGGAUGGGUUGAAUUACAUUAUAUUUUUCAUGAAUAUAUCUCAUGAAAGACACAUUUAAAUUUAUUCUAUACAAAAAAAAAAAACAACAACAACAAAGUAAAAUAAA